AAGAGGUUUAGCGCUGAGUGGAGUUGCAGAAAGCCCCGGAGGAGCACCUGGAGUCCUCGCUGUGUGCAGCCGCGCCUGGCAGGAGGCUGGCGCCCAUGCGGCUCUACACACUCUCCAAGCGCCAUUUCGUCCUCGUGUUUGUUGUCUUCUUCAUCUGUUUUGGCCUGACCGUCUUUGUCGGGAUCAAAGGACCCAAGGUGAUCCAGACUUCUGCAGCUAAUUUUUCACUAAAUAAUAGCAAAAAGCUGAAGCCAAUUCAAAUACGUUCCAAUCCACUGUCUACAUAUAAUCAGCAACUAUGGCUGACAUGUGUUGUCGAGCUGGAUCAAUCGAAAGAAACUUCUAUUCAGACAAGCUUUCUCAUGACAGUUAAAGUUGAUGGUGUAGCUCAAGAUGGAACCACAACGUACAUUCAUAACAAAGUUCACAAUCGGACGAGGACCCUCACUUGUGCAGGGAAAUGUGCAGAAAUUAUUGUGGCUCACCUUGGCUACUUGAAUUACACUCAGUAUACUGUGAUUGUGGGAUUUGAACACCUGAAGCUACCCAUCAAGGAAAUGAACUUCACAGUAAGUGGACUAGUGGUCUGCACAUGUUUCCACAGUUUAUUUUUUUAAUAGUUCCCAGUCUUUUGUUGAGUGAUUGAAAUUUGCCACAGCAUCUAAGUAAUGUUAUUUUGGACAGUGGAAGAAUGUAAAGUUUUAAAAAAAUUAUAGGAAAAUCCAAUUUCUUAGGUGUAUAGAACCAAGAAUAGCUUAAAGAAACGGCAUAGAAAUUGGAAAAAUAGUAG